AUGCAAACAUUACAGGCUGAUAAAUGUAAAUCAGUUGUAAAAGUUCAUUAUACGCCAACAGCAUCCGCAAAGUAUUUAUCUCCAUUAGAUAAUCCACUUUGGUAUUCGUUUAAAGAAUCAAUUCGAAAUCAACAUCCAUUAACAGAAACACACCUUCCAUCACUACUAUCACAGACAUUUCAUUCAUCAUUGAGAGAAGAAAUUAGUAACGCAUACUGUAAAUGUGGUAUUACAUAUGGAGCUGAUGUGUACUAUGAUCAGCCCUCAUGA